GGCCUGCCACCACCAAAUCGCAAAGAAGAAUCACAAAGGCAGAAAACUCCCCAAUCUGUGGAAUUUCCGGAGACGAAACACAUUCAUAGCGUCGGGUUAUCAACGAGCAGCAUGUCGAAGCUCAAGAAUCUGUUGCCCACAAUCUUUGGCGGGAAGGAGGCAGCCCAGAAUCCAACGGCAAACGAGGGCCGUCUGGAAAAGGACGCAGCGCCCGUGGACGACAGCGAGCCAGAUAACAACAACAGCGGAGCCCUGGCGCUGUCAUCCUCCACUGGCACGCCCACCGCCUCCGCGGAUCUCACAGAGUCCGUGCUGCGCGAGCUCAGCGAUCCCAACUACAACUCCAUGGACAUGGUGCAGUCUGCCAACAUCCCGGGAACCCUGAGCAACGCCCAAACAAACAACACUAUGAACGUGCACAGCGCCCAGCAACAGGUGGUCAUGAACUUCUCGAAUGCUAGUAACCUGCACUUCGGCUCCGUCUACAACAUCAACCAGAACCUGAGCGCCAGCAGCUCGCGAAAGGGAAGCACCUGUGCCGCGGAGGAGCCACUUGCCUCACCCGAGGGCAAGCCGCGGAGCCAUGGGACACGCAAAACGGUUAGCAUUGUGACCAUGAUGCAGUCGCAGGAGGAGCCGGAUGUCCGUUUGCUCGACGUGGUGUCCACACAUCUGGGCGAGGGAUGGAAGCAGGUGAUGCGAGACCUGGGCCAGUCGGAGGGUCAGAUCGAUCAGGCCAUUAUCGAUCACCAAAUGCACGGCAAUAUCAGAGAGGUGAUUUACCAGUUGCUGCUGCAGUGGGUUCGGAGCUCGGAGGACGGUGUAGCCACCGUCGGACGUCUCACUACGCUGCUGUGGGAGUCCCAGCAUCGCGACUGUGUGCAGCGCAUGAAACUGGUUUGGAAGGCACUGGAGAAGCGCAAGACGAACAGCUAGCCAGUGAGUAGGACUCUUCAGCAACGAUUCCAGAACGAAAACGAUGCAUUCGGAGCAGCCUCUCGAUGUUUAAGCUUGCGAGAGGGUGGAGACUGGGAAGGUAGCCCAACCGACGAUUGCCAGAUCCACAGUGGCCUUUGCUGAACGACAUCGAGCGGUGGAGAGAGAAGAACAUGAGGCGAUAUGUGUGCAAUAUUUGUUUUAUUAAUCCGACCCUUCGAAUAAGUGCCUAGAUGAUUUCAUUUACUAUUCCUACACCAGUUUUAUCUUUAAGAUGUGAUAUCUAUGUCGAAAAGGACACCAGCACUUGGAGUUAGCAUUUUGAAGCAUUUUUGUAAGGUGUAUACAAAUAUAAGCUUUAUUGUUACGUAA